AGUGCAGGUGAAGACACACGUGGUGAGGAAACGACAGAGUUGAGCCCGGGACUGGAAGGAGACAGGGAAACCUGGACGGGAAAGGAACAAGACUUAGAGGCCACAGCACACCCAAGAGGAAGGAAAUAAAGCUGAUGUCUUGGGGUGUCCACAUUUUAGAAUUGAUAGAAUACUAUCUGCCCUGCCUUUCUCCCAGGAGAGGCUCAAAUGAAAUAACUUAUGUGAGGGUGCUUUGUAAACCACCUUGCGCCAUUUAGAGGUCCUGAGGUUCCAAGUUGCCUUCCAGUGUCAUUUCCCUUUUGUCUGAAGAACUUCCUUCAGCACUUCUGUUGGAUCAGAAGUUCCUUUAAAGCAGAUCUUAAGAAGUAAAUUUCGUCCUCACUUCCCCAAGAUGGCAGCAGCAGAAGACAAGUCACUGCUACCACGGCUGCCCGAGCUAUUCGAAACCAGCAAGCAGCUUCUGGACGAAGUAGAAGUAGCGACUGAACCCACCGGUUCCCGGGUAGUCCAGGAUAAGGUGUUCAAGGGACUGGACCUCCUUGAGAAGGCGGCUGAAAUGAUAUCGCAGCUGGACUUGUUCAGCCGAAAUGAAGACCUGGAGGAGAUUGCUUCCAGCGACCUGAAGUACCUGAUGGUGCCGGCAUUUCAAGGAGCUCUCACCAUGAAACAAGUCAGCCCCAGCAAGCGUCUGGGUCAUUUGCAGCAGGCUCGAGAACACUUUCUAAACUACUUAACUCAGUGCCAUUAUUAUCAUGUGGCAGAAUUUGAACUGCUCCAAAUCAAGAACAACUCUGCUGAAAAUAACACUGCAAGCUCUUCUAUGGCUUAUCCUAGCCUUGUUGCUAUGGCCUCUCAAAGACAGGCUAAGAUAGAGAGAUACAAGCAGCAGAAGGAGAUAGAGCACAGAUUAUCUACCCUGAAACCUUCUGUGGAAAGUGGCGAAGCAGACGACGAGCGUGUUCGUGAGUAUUAUCACCUUCACCUUCAGAGGUGGAUUGGCAUCAGCUUGGAAGAGAUUGAGAGUAUUGAUCAAGAGAUAAAGAUUCUAAGAGAAAAAGACUCCUCAAAAGAGGCAUCAACUUCUCGUUCAUCUCUUCAGGACAGGCGUCCAGUAAAGCCUUUCAUUCUCACCCGGGAUGUGGCCCAAGCCAAGGUGUUUGGAGCUGGUUAUCCAAGUCUGGCAACCAUGACAGUGAGUGACUGGUAUGAUCAGCAUCGGAAAUACGGGGCAUUACCAGAUCAGGGAAUCGCCAAGACAACAGAGUUCAAAAAGGCACCUCAACAACAGGAAGAUGAGGAGCCAAAGGAGGAGGACCCUGAUGGGGAAACCCUACACAGAGCCCGGGAGUGGGACGACUGGAAGGACACCCAUCCUAGGGGUUAUGGCAACCGACAGAACAUGGGUUAAUCUUCCCACAAGACAGGACUAGAGGUGGCUCACAUCUUCCCCUCCAAGGAAAGCUGUGCCACUCUUCCCCUCCUCCCUGGGCUCCUGCUUCAGUUGUGUACAGUGAAGGCAAAAAUGCUUCAUCUUGCUUUGUGUUCAAUAAAGUAUCAAACGAUUCAGUGUGUAUUUGUAGCCUUGAUGAUGAGCCAACAAUCUUGUUUCAGCAUUAUCAUCCUUAACAAGAUGUAUUUCAAAUCCUUAACUGGAAAGAAAAGAGCAUGGAAUGGCUUGCUAUAAUCAAUGACUUUAUGCAUUCUCUUUAAAAAAUAAUAAAGUUCCUUGUGGAGGCCCCACCCCAGUCAGGAUGGCACAGUGAGAAGCUUCAGGGUUCCGUUCCCCCACAGAAACAUUGAAGAACCAGCAAGACUGGAAGAAACAUCUUUCUCAACGCUUCAGAAAGCAGUUAAAGUAUUGUGGUAACAGGGAAGCAGCCAAUCAAGAAAAAGGUCACUUAAAAGCAUAGGAUCUCCUGGUUCCCUGACCCUUCGCCAGCUUGGCAAGGGGCUGACCCACGCUCCCAGUGUGAAUGCCUGGUCUCAGUUCCAGCGGGAGCAGAGUAUCCUCGUGUACAUUCUGAGAGCAUGUAUGUCUGGCUCAGUCUGCCUCAUGGUGGCCUGAGGGACUCAUUGUCCCAGAACUUGCACUGUGCAUGGAAGGUGGCUCACAGAGCUCUCCUACAAAAUGCUAUGGGGGAGCAUCAAGUCAUGGCUGCCUGGGGCAAGGGAUUGCUGGCCAUAGGACAUACAGGACUGGGAGGAAACUGUUUCCUAGCGAAGAGGGGACAUUUGUAUUCAUGGAAACAAGGGAGUUCCUAUGGCAUGAUGACACACGCACAGAAAUGACCCCAGGGAGACCCCUACGCUUUGGCCUGGAGCUAUUCUCCAAACUCAUCAUGUG